GCUCCACGGCAAGCGGUGUCGCUACCUCACCAACAAACUCGCCAUGUUCUCCUUUCCCAACGCGCCCUCCUUCUUCCUCCUCCUCCUCCUCCUCCCUCUCCUCUUUCUGCUCUCCCCCGCUUCCGGCGCAGGGUCCCCUGCCUCGUUGUCGAACGGCACUACCGUUUACGACCUCCUCUCGGAGUACGGCCUGCCGCCAGGCAUCCUCCCGGACACCGUAAAGUCCUUCUCCCUCGCCUCCGGCGGCCGGUUCGUCACCAAACUCUACGGCGCCUGUUACGUCGACUUCGAGUACGUGGUGUACUACGAGCCCCGCGUGUCGGGCGUCGUCAAAUACGGCGCCAUCGAGGAGGUCCAGGGCGUCCAGAUCCGCCGCUACCUCGUCUGGUUCAACGUCGACACCAUCAGGCUCGACCCCUCCUCCUCCGACUUCAUCUACUUCGAAGGCAGUUGGAUCUCCCUCAAGCUCCGGAUCGACCAGUUCCAGACCGUGCACUCUUGCAGGGGCAGCCUCUCGCUGCUCGGCCGCGCCAAGGAGGUCGCCCGUUCCAUGUUCGAGAGCAUUUUCGCACCUCAACUUUGAUGGAGUAAUGUGAGAGAAAAACCAGUAUGCUAAUGAAUGGAAAGCCUGAAGAUCUACGGAGUUGGUUGAUCCUGUUCUUUAACUUUGGAAUCUUCACUCGUCUAAAUAUAUGCUAUUCCUUCUAACAAUAUCUGCCAAAGCAUUCUCAUCUGCAGUUUGUCUCCUCUUUGCUAUGUAAUUUCAGAUUGCAGACUCGUAUCUAUCCACACUAUAUAAGUUUAAAUGAUGACCAUAUCACUUGUAACUCAUUCUUGUCGAGUGAAAUUGGUUUGUGCAAGAUGCAUUUGAAUUGUUUCAUUCUGUAAAUCAUGUUCUCUGUGACUCGAGAGUUCUUUUUUCUUUCUAGUAUUUGAGAUUUCUUA